AGCGGAGCGGAGUGCUGGUCUACAGCAGCGGCAGUAGCGUCCUCUGGACUCGGGACGCGGAGCGAGCGGCAGCUCCCCAUCCUGCGACCCACAACACGGCACGGGCAGGGGGGACAACCACAUCUUAAACCUGACUAAUGUUGUGGAUUUAACAGACCCCAAAACACACGUUCUUUUAUUUUUAGAUUAUUUUUUUUUAAUGAAUGAGAUACUUUAGAUAUGGCUUCAUCCGUGAGCGGGACAGAGGAGGUCCGGGUGUCGCCGUUGACGCCCCUGAAGUUGGUGGGACUGGUGUGCGUGUUUCUCGCCCUGUGCCUGGAUGUCGGGGCCGUGUUGAGCCCGGCGUGGGUCACGGCGGACGACCAGUACUACCUGUCCAUGUGGGUGUCCUGCUGGAAGCCCGUCAGCUCCGCGGAGUGGUCCUGCAACAGCACGCUGGCCACCGACUGGCAGAUUGCCACACUGGCCUUGCUGUUGGGGGGGGCGGCCCUCACCCUGCUCUCCUUCCUUGUGGCGCUGAUCUCCCUGUGCUCUGGCUCCAGGAGUCGCUGCUACAAGCCGGUGGCGGUCAUGCUAUUCUCUGCAGUGGUGCUCCAGGUGUGCAGCUUGGUCCUGUUCCCCAUCAAGUUCAUAGAGACAGUCAGUCUGAGGGUGUACCACGAGUUUAACUGGGGCUACGGCCUGGCCUGGGGAUCUACCAUCUUCUCUUUUGGAGGAGCCAUCCUCUACUGCCUCAACCCCAAGAACUAUGAAGACUACUACUAAAAUGACAAGAGGAGAAACUGAGACUCUGCUUCAUUCGGUGUCCACUCCUGUAAUAGGGACCUUCUGUCUUUUACACAGUUCACAAUCACAGAUAAAAAAAAAAACAGGAAAAAUAAACACUUAUUGUUAGUUUCAGAACUGGAAAUGAGCUCUUCCAUUUGAUAAGGUGAACUUGUUUUCUCAGACUAUCCUCACUCAUUGGACCAAAGCCUUGUGCUUGUGUGGACCUUAGCUCUGUGAGGUUUGGCUGCAAACCCAGCUGUGAAAAAGAAAUCCAACUCAGCCAGUUUAAUUUGAAUUUGAUAAUGUCAGCAAUCAGAUUAGACUGUGUCCCCUUUAAAUGAAACUCCAGUAGAUCUGGGAAAAUCUGGAGGGAACAGAUGGGUUCACUGACCCCAUACCAGGACCAGGUGGAAUAAUUAAUAAAUCAGAGCAAAGAAUGGAGGUAAACUUGGGCCUGUCAGGGAAGUAACAGACCCAGGGAGGAAGAUAUCCUAUUGAAAUAAUAUCACGAGGAUGAUAAAGUGAGGAAGACAGGGCACACCUAAGGAAAUGCUACAUUUCCCCAGAGAUAGUAUAAACUACAACUGGAACUUGGCUUAACCUUCUUUCUCCAAUAGAGUGUAAUAGAUACAUACUGCUUAUAAACAGAAGCUACCUAAGACAGUAAAAACAUUCCACAGCCACCUUCCAAAUCAUUACAUACUGGUGAGAGAGACAUUUACUGGUUAAUAAAUAGCACAGUCACAUGUAAUAUGUGGUAUAACCUUUGGACUUCUAAUGUGAACCUGCAUCAUAACCUAAGUUAUACCUGCUUUUUGAUAAAUAAAAACAAUGGUUGUAUUAUAUGUAAGUAUGCACACUAAGCAUAAUAAAGCACUAUUCAUUACAAGAAGACCAGUGGGAAACAAGAUGGCAAAUGA